AUGGUUGUCCUCACUCGAAUUCAGGUAGCGAUUCUCGGCUUAAGUUCCUUGACUGCUGCUGUUCCUCUUUCUGCCAGAACAGGAAAGAAAUCUUUCUCUCUGGACCAGGUCAAGGUACCUGCUACGAAGACCACAAACCCUGCUGCACACUAUGCAAAGGUGUUGCGUAAGUAUGGCGCUGAAAUCCCGGAUCAUGUCCUAGCUGCUGCCGCAGCUACUGGGAGCGUUACUACUACCCCAACAGAGUAUGAUUCGGAGUAUCUUACUCCGAUUGAUGUUGGUGGCACUACGAUGCAUUUGGACAUUGAUACCGGUUCCUCUGACCUUUGGGUCUUUUCCAAUGCGUUGUCCUCCAGCGAGACUUCAGGACAUGCCGUAUACACCCCCAGCGCCAAUUCUGAGCUCCUGAGUGGCUACACCUGGGAUAUCUCAUAUGGAGAUGGAAGCUCAGCCAGUGGGGAUGUUUACUUGGACUACGUGGUUGUUGGAGGUGUUACUGCCACCUCCCAAGCCGUUGAAGCUGCUGAAACCAUCAGCUCCGAAUUCCAGCAGGAUGCUUCAGAUGGUCUCAUGGGUCUUGCUUUUAGCUCUAUCAAUACUGUUUCACCUGAGUCCCAGUCGACUUUCUUCGCCAAUGUUCAGUCCGAGUUGGCUUCUCCAGUCUUUUGUGCGGACCUUAAGUAUGAGGCAGCGGGCGUGUACGACUUUGGAUUCAUUGACAGCUCCAAGUACACGGGAUCGAUUACAUACACUUCAGUGGACAACUCUGAGGGCUUCUGGGGAUUCACUGCCUCUGGAUAUGCAAUUGGAAGUGGCUCUACUGUCUCAACAUCCAUCAGCGGCAUCGCAGAUACCGGCACCACUCUCCUCCUCCUUCCUAGUGCGAUUGUCACAAAGUACUAUAGGAGUGUCAGCGGCGCUAAGGACAGCAGUACUUAUGGUGGCUGGGUCUUCCCGUGCUCUGCAACACUCCCUUCGUUCACUACAGUGAUCAAUGGUUACAAAGCAGUUGUUCCAGCAAAGUACAUGAACUAUGCCCCUGUUGAAACAGGAAGUUCAACUUGCUAUGGCGCUAUCCAAACUGACACUGGUAUUGGCUUCGCUAUUUUCGGUGAUAUCUUCCUUAAGAGCCAGUAUGUUGUCUUUGAUGCAAGUGGACCUCAGCUUGGCUUUGCCGCCCAGGCAUAA